AUGCGGUUCCUGACAGUCAUUCUACUAUGCCUUCCAAACACCACCGGCGCUGCUUGGAAGCUCCCCCACUCAGCAUUCGGCAAUGUUGAGUCUCCUCGGGGCAACCAGAUACCGAUCGGCCUCGAGAACGAUGAUGAGAUUGGCACGUUCGGAGCUAGUUCGUUUGCUGGGCUGAGGACGUUUGCGAACCUCCCAUUCGUGGACUGCUUCUCCGACCAAGACACCAGGGAUCACAAGUACGACAUUGCCAUCUUCGGCGCCUCUCACGACACUUGGUUGUAUGCUCAUCUAAAUGAAUGUGGAAGACAACGACCGGCCGUCCAGGAGCGCGGUUUGGCCCUCCAGCUAUACGGACAGGUAGCCAACGGAAGGGCCCUGGGGAAUGGAGCAUCUAUACAGGCACGCCGCCCUCCAGGGAUUGAUCAUGCGCAAAACCCAUUGCAAGACUGGGCAACCGUGGUGGACUGCGGCGAUGCGCGGCUCACGUGGCUGGACAACACGGCAUCGCUAAAGAGGCUCGACAAAGCCCACACCGUCAUCUCUGGUCGAGCAGCGGCAAACUCGAGCGUUUCGUCGACGCCAAGGAUACUUACUCUGGGAGGCGACCACACCACGACCUUGUCUGCGCUUCGGUCAACCUACCGGAGAUGGGGCCCUGUUGCCGUCAUUCACUUCGAUAGCCAUAUCGAUACCUGGGACCCUGCAGUUCUCGGUAAGUUCCCCAGGGGUGGUGUUAACUUGGGCGAGCAAUAUGCUGAGAAGGUCAUUUUUCUUCUCCAGGAGGCGGAAUAUCCGAGUAUGCCUAAUUUCGUCAGAGGACUGAACCAUGGGACAUUCCUCCACAUCGCCCACGAAGAGCACUUGAUUUUGAACAACUCCAUCCACGCCGGCAUCCGGGCCCCCUUGGUCAGGCGGAAAGGCGACCUGAGAAACGACGUCCGUUGCGGGUUCGAAAUCGUCACCGCCCGUGACCUGGACAAGUUUGGCGCCCAUGGCGUCAUCUCGAAGAUUAAGGAGCGCGUCGGCGACUCCAGGGUCUACGUCAGUGUCGACAUCGACGUCCUUGACCCGGCAUAUGCCCCAGCCACGGGGACGGCUGAGCCGGGGGGCUGGUCGACGCGAGAGCUCCUCACCGUUCUCGACGGCCUCGAAGGGUUGUCGAUAGUCGGCGCAGACGUCGUGGAGGUUGCGCCCGCGUACGACAACAACGGCGAGACCACCGUUCUGGCCGCAGCAGAGAUUGCCUAUUCUCUGAUCGACCUUAUGGUCCUGACGCCUGUCCGAUCAAAGGCGGACGACGAUGCUUGA